AUGGGUUUACCCGUAGAGGGUUCGGCCAUUGACUGGGAUACGACUGAGAAGGCUGGACCAAGCGUUCAAAAAUGGGCGACCGAGCAAUUGCUUUGUAUUUGGCACAAACAGCGCCAUCGUAGCGACAGUUCCGCAACGUGGGGUGAUGAGAUUGAAUACAACCUGGUUGAUCUGGACCAUGAUGCAUCGCGCGCGACAAUGUUGCUAGAACAGGAGAGAGUCAUCCGAGAGUGGGAGCGAGAUCCUUCCAGCACGGAAUCGCCAGUGACUCUGCAGUGGGAAGGAGCUAAAUACGUCGUCGAAACAACGCCAGCCAAGCCAUACUCGGAAAGUAUCGAGGAUCUUUUAAGUGUUCAAGCAAACAUGAGAAAGAGGCGAGAAACAAUCAAUCGCUCCCUCGCCUCCAAUCAACACACCAUCUCAAUAGGCUCAUUCCCUCGCGCUGGAGUUGAUGGCCAAUGGACAACGCCACAGGGACCGACCCAAACGAGUCACUCUCUUUGCAUGCUUCCACGAUAUAGGAGUCUCUUUAGGAGCAUACAUGGUCGGAGGCAGGGUAACCCUAAAAAGACACGCCUUUACAUCCAUCAAGACUCGCAAACGACCAAGUCGCCUCCGCAAGAGAGAGUUCAAGAUUCUAUCUGCUUAGACCAUAUCGAAGUCGGAGUAGGCAGCAGCAGUCUCCAGACAACAUUCCAGACAUCGAAUGAAGCUGAAUGCCGCUGGCUAUAUGACCAGCUUAUACCCCUCGCGCCAGUCUUUCUCGCCAUGACAGCAGCAGUCCCAAUAUGGAAAGGAUACCUGGUUGACACGGAUGUUCGAUGGCAGCGAUUCGGAGAUAUAGUAGACGACCGCCGACCAGACGAGAUGGAGCAUACGCGCCUUCUAGACGGAGACAUGGACGACCAACUAGCAACUCACUUCGCCUCGAUCCUCUCCCGCGACCCCCUCGUCCUAACCCAAGAUGACAUGUCCCACUUCAACACAUCAAAUACCAAACUCUUCGAGCUCCUGCACGGCUGCACAUGGCACUCAGUGCGCUUCAAACCCCCCGUCUCGGACAGCGGACCAGGCUGGUGCGUCGAGUUCCGAACAAUGGAGGCUCAACUCACAGAUAGGGACAAUGCUGCCUUUGCCAUAUUCACUUACCUCCUCUCGAGGGCAAUUGUGGCUCUCCAUUUGAACUUCUAUAUCCCAAUUGAUAAAGUGGGAGAGUCAAUGGAGUUUGCGAGUAAGCGCAACGCAGUCCUUGACGAACGCUUAUGGUUCCGUCACUCGGGGUGGUUGGCUGAGUCGACUCAUCUGCCUAGGCCGGCGAGAUCGGCGUGCAAGGAAAAGGCCCAGACUCGUGUUGAGGGUGUGGAUUCUGCUUUGUUGACUGCUGAUGAGAUUUUUAACGGGGAGGCGGAUCAUAGGGGGUUCCCUGGGUUGAUACCGCUGGUGCGGUAUUAUCUUGAGUAUAGCGAGAUGCCGCUGGCGGAGCAGGAGAGGAUUGCGCCGUACUUGGAUGUUGUGGGGAAACGGGCCAGUGGGGAGAUGCCAACGCCGGCGUCUUGGAUGAGGGAGUUUGUGAGUCGACAUGAGGAUUACCGGCAGGAUGGUUAUGUCGAUGAGAAAGUGUGUUAUGAUAUGAUGAAGGAGAUUGUGCGCAUGAAUGAAGAGUGA